GACGCACAAAUCAGAUGUCCCAGUGCAUGUCGAUGUCAAAUAUUUACAGUUUUAAGGUUAAUUAUUUGAAUAUGAGUGUUUUUAUUAUAUUUAAGCAUAUUUAUUAGUUCAUACUAAUAACGUGUCCUGUGAGACUGAAAGAUUUAAUAUGUAAUUGAAUGAAAAAAUAGUGCCUUACUUAUACUUCUCUUCUGUAUGAGAUAACUUUUCACCACACAGAGUUUUUUGGAAUCAUAAUUUAAAAUGGCAACUACGGCGUCCGGUGAUCUUUGGCUGCAAUGGUUCACUUGCUGCGUAAAUCCGGCGGCUUCGAGUUCUCCACCGGCGGUCGCUCGUCACAAGGCGGCCCAGCACCGGCGGCGCAUCGACCGCGCUGCUAUCGGGCCACCGACGAAUUUCCAGCACACGGGGCACAUUGGUUCCGGCUCUGAAUUACUCAACGGAGCCCAUUUGACGGCUGUGCAGAAUCAAAUGCAAGGAAAGGGGGGAUAUGGGGCGGCUUCCUUCGGACUCAAGGCCUGUUAGCCGCCGUUUGCGUGAAUCCUUCUGGGCAGCAUUUGUUAUAUUUAAUUUGUUGAAUGAUAGAAAAGCGACGUCAAUUUGUAAAAAAGAUGAAUACUAUUUAUUUGUGUUGUGAAUAGUGUCUUAAGAACAGUAUUACAAGGAAGAGGAGUAUGUUAUUGUCAUAUUGUUGAUUUUAUCAAUCCUAACGUAUUGUUUAAUAUUAUUAUUAUUAAGAGUUUAGUUAAGGAGGAUUAAUAAGUGUAAUAGUUUUAUGCAGAAUUUGGUUAGCAUAUUUAAAACUAAGUGUAUAUAUUGAUGUUACAUUUAAUUGUGUGAUUGAGUGAAUGAGAAUUUUGUAAGGUAUAUUUGAGUUCUAUAUCUGCAAAUACAUCACAUGAAUAAAUAUUGCAAUGCGAAAAAAAUAU